AUGGGCAACCCAAUGACUGACGAAGAAUUAUUGCUUAUGUUGGAAAAUUCAGAUGAUGAUUUCGGCUUAAGUUCUGGUACUGAUUUAGGGGAAGGAGAUUCUGGUGAUGAUGAUGCCGAUCCAGAAUGGAAACUUCCAAUAGUACAACGCGAAGAGGAUAAUCAGAUAAUAUCAGAUGUACCUAUUAUUUCCACAUCAGGUUAUACAUGGAGUAAUAAACAACCUUUAGUGACACGUAUCCCUUUUUCAAAAUCCAAAGAAUUUAAGGUUUUUCCACAAGGAAAUGAGCCAAUUGAUUAUUUUAAUCUAUUAUUCGAUGAUAGACUUUUUGAGUUGAUAGUUAACGAAACUAAUAAAUAUGCACUUCAAGUUUUUUUAUCUGGAUCUGGAGGUUCAUCAUCUCGAAUCACGGCGUGGAAACAUACAAAUAUACAAGAAAUGAAAGUGUUUAUUGGUUUACUGUUUCAUACAGGGUCUAUACGAGUAAAUCGGUUGGAAGAUUAUUGGAAGACAAGUGAGUUAUUCAGUAAAAAUUUUUUUCGGCAACAUAUGAACAGAAAUCAUUUUAUGUUAAUUGUAAGAAAUUUACAUUUUACUGACAAUGAAAAUCACGACAAUAAUCGCCUGAAUAAAAUUGAACCAUUAGUAAAAUAUUUCGAUAGUAAAAUGUCAGAUAUUUAUGAAGCUUCUGAAAAUUUGGCACUCGACGAGUCAAUGGUUUUAUUUCGGGGUAGAUUAGUUUUUCGGCAAUACAUUAAAAAUAAACGCCAGAAGUAUGGUAUCAAACUUUACAUGCUCACAGAAUCUAGUGGGUUGGUUCAUAGAAUUAUGAUAUAUUCUGGGCAAGGGCAAGACACGUCGAAUGACUUUACUCAUACAGAGUAUGUUGUUGUAAAAAUAAUGGAAGGCCUGACUGAUUGUGGCAGAUCAUUGUACAUGGACAACUAUUACAAUAGUGUGAAAUUAGCUCAUAUACUUCUAGCUAAAGGAACAUAUUGUAUAGGAACUUUGUGUGCGAAUAGAAAAGGGAAUCCUAAAGAAAUAACUUCAAAAAAUUAA